AUGCCUGCUCAGAGUACGCGACUGUCAGACGAAGGCCGCAACCGUCUUACUCCUAUGGCACAAGCCACCAAAACCCUGGAGGACGAGCGGCACGAACACUACAUGCGCCUCGCCCUCUCCGAAGCGCGCAAGAGCCCACCCAAGCCGACCAACUUCUGCGUAGGCGCUUGCUCGGUGGCCUCCGGUUUACAAAACACUGAAGGAGACUUGCUCGCCACCGGCUACACCCUCGAGUGUGAGGGCAACACACACGCCGAGCAAUCCUGCUUCAUCAAGCUCGCUGCUCUAUACGGCUGUAAGGAGGAAGAUUUAGGCGAACAUCUGCCGGAGGGCGCAGUGCUGUAUACUACCAUGGAGCCUUGCAAUAAGCGUUCGGUUGGGAACACGCCGUGCGUUGAUCGGAUCCUGGGGCUGAGAAGGAGAGAUGGAAGGCAAGCGAUUGAGAAGGUGUAUGUGGGUGUCAGCGAGCCGGAGAAGUUCGUGGGUGUCAAUGAGGGGCGAAAGAGGCUUGAGGAGGCAGGUAUUGCGGUUGUCCAUGUUCCCGGCUUUGAGGAAGAGAUACUGUCUGUUGCGACUGCUGGACACGACAAGUCGGACUAA